AUGACGGCUACUCAAACAUUGAUUGUCAAAUAUCGAUUAUAUACAAGUACAAAAAAAAAAUUAACCUUAAAACAAAAACAAAUCAAACGUCAUUGUCAUCAAACUAAUUUAUUAAAACCUCUUCAAACAAGUAAUCAUCAUUGUACUAUUCAUAAAAAUCCUACUACAAUGUCGAAUACAUUUAUGCGUGAACUUGAUCUUAAAAUGCAACAAGUUAAAGAAUAUGGUUUAAUUACACAUGGUUACUAUAAUGAAAAUAUACAAUAUCCUACUCAUGUUCGUCGUAGUCAUGAUGGAGAAAAAAUAUCACGAACAACAUCCAUAUUUUCUCGAUCGAGUGGUCAUAAGAAAAAACCUCAUCUAUCAAAUACAACUAUAUUAACAUCAUCAUCACAUGAAAAUCAAACAAAAAUUAAACAAAAAGAAGCAACGACUCGACAAUUAUCCUAUGAUGAACGUCAAACAACAUUGAUUAUCCCACCAAAUAAAACUGUUAAUGAUAUAAAUCCAUCUUUAAAUAAUGAUAGACUUGAUAUACAUAGAAAAUCUUCAUCAUCAUCAGCGAAUUCAUCUCCAAUAUUGAGUUCAUUUCGACCACAUUCAAUUGCUGGUUUAUCAUCAUCAUCAACAUUAACUGAUGAACAACAAAUUAAUUCUCUAUCACAUUCAUCUCAAUCAUUAGUUAAUCAAUCACCACCAACAAAAACAUUAACACAAAGAUUUUUUUCUAAACUCUUUCAUCAUCCAUCCAAAUCCUGA